UGUUUGAGAAGCGGUUCCUGGAAUGCUGAGCCCUAAUCAGCCCUGUGACUCUGAACAUGGGGCAUCAAGGGUCCACAUGGCCAGAAAUGCCCAUCAUGAUCUAGGUGUGGAUAGACCCCUCCCCCACCCCGAAUAUCUGGUCCCCGUACUGGAUGGGUGAGGCAGCUAUGGCUUGCGCCACUGGAGAGGUGUGUUGAGGAAUUGAGCUGAGAAGGUCCAGAGGGCACAGUGAAGAUACAUAAAUCAGACUAUAUUAAAAUUAAGGACUUCUGCUCUUAAAACGCCACUGAGAAGGAGGAAAGGCGAUCCACGGUGUGAGAAAAGACAACAGGCAACAGCAUAUCAUGAACUUGCAAAUUAAUACGAAAAAAGACAAUUCAGCACAAGAAUGAGCAAAAGACUUGGACAGAAAUAAAGGAGAUCUUGGCGUCCUCCACUCAGCUCCACUGAGGAUGCUGUGUCAGCAUGUUUGCCAGUUUGGUCAGAAGCUGUUGCGCAGGCGGCCCCUGGGGCCAAAGCAGGGGGCUGAGAGUCACUUGGCCCGGUGCCUGAACACCCUAGAUCUGGUGGCCUUAGGUGUGGGCAGCACCCUGGGAGCAGGUGUGUACAUCCUGGCUGGCGAAGUGGCCAAGGACAAAGCUGGGCCGGCGAUCAUCAUCUGUUUCUUGGUGGCAGCCCUGUCUUCUGUGCUGUCCGGGCUCUGCUAUGCGGAGUUUGGGGCCCGCGUGCCAGGCUCCGGUUCUGCGUAUCUCUACAGCUAUGUCACAGUGGGACAAUUGUGUGCUUUCAUCACUGGCUGGAACCUCAUACUCUCUUAUGUCAUUGGUGCUGCCAGCGUGGCCAGGGCCUGGAGCUCUGCCUUCGAUGAUUUGACUGGGAACCAGGUCUCUCGGGUCCUGCAGGGAAGUUUCUCUCUGCAGGCCCCCCACGUGCUGGCCACACACCUGGACUUCUUCGCGUUGGGCCUGGUGCUGCUGCUCACUGGACUCCUGGUUCUGGGAGCUAGUGAGUCGGCUCUGGUUACCAAGAUAUUCACGGGUGUGAACGUUUUGGUUCUUAGCUUCAUCAUCCUCUCUGGCUUCAUUAAGGGUGAUCUACACCAUUGGCAGCUCACUGAAGAGGACUACAAACUGGCCAUGUCUGCCUCCAAUGACACUUCUAGCUUGGGCCCUCUGGGCUCUGGAGGGUUUAUGCCUUUUGGCUUUGAAGGGAUUCUCCACGGAGCAGCUACAUGUUUCUACGCAUUCAUUGGUUUUGAUUGCAUUGCCACUACAGGAGAAGAAGCCCGUGAUCCUCAGCGUUCCAUCCCCUUGAGCAUCAUAAUCUCGCUCUUCAUCUGCUUUUUGGCAUAUUUUGGUGUCUCAGCGGCACUCACCCUCAUGAUGCCCUACUACCAGAUUCAUCCGGGCAGCCCGUUGCCACAGGCAUUUCUCUAUGUGGGAUGGGCCCCUGCCAGAUAUACUGUGGCUGCUGGAACUCUCUGUGCUCUUUCAUCCAGCCUCCUGGGCACCAUGUUCCCCAUGCCUCGAGUGAUCUACGCAAUGGCAGAUGAUGGGCUCCUUUUCCGGGGACUUGCCCGGAUUCAUCCCUGCACACACACCCCCAUGAUGGCCACCAUAGUGUCUGGAACUUUUGCAGCGUUCAUGGCAUUCCUCUUUGAGCUCAGUGAUCUUGUGGACCUCAUGUCGAUUGGGACCUUGCUUGCUUACUCCCUGGUGGUCUUUUCCGUUCUUGUUCUCAGGUACCAGCCAGACCAGAAUUUAAGCAAGAACGAGAAAACGGAGAUGGAAAUAAUUGAGAGAAAGCCUGCACCUCAAGCAAGUUCUUUGAAAUCUGUACCUGAAGCAGGAACUGUACAAGCUCUGUGGAGUCUCUGUAACCCAGUCAACACCACCCCAACUCUGAAAUCUGGCCACAUUGCCUAUGGAUGUGCCUUACUCCUUGCUCUCCUGCUGACAAUCCUGUGCCUGAUACUGGCCCAGUGGCCCAGCCAUCUGUUCUCUGGAGACCCGGUGUAUAUCACAGGGUGUGUGCUGCUGCUGCUGCUGAUUAUUGGGCUCACUUUCAUCAUCUGGAGACAGCCCCAGAACCCCACUCCUUUUCACUUCAAGGUCCCUGCUCUGCCUGUGCUCCCACUGGUGAGCAUCUUCACGAAUGUUUACUUGAUGAUGCAGAUGACCUCUGGGACCUGGGCCCGAUUUGGCGUCUGGAUGGUGAUUGGUAAGACUGGGGUAGAAACAGUACCUGCCAGAUCUAUUAAAGAAGAAGACUAUGGAACCAUAUGUGGCCCACAAAGGAUGAACUGUUCAGUACACAACCUUUUAGAGAGAAAGUUUGCCGAAUCCUGCUCUAGUUCCAGAAUUCACACUCAACAUCAAACUAUGUGGUUCAUACUGAUACAAGUGAAGCAGUGAAGCAGAAUGAAGCUGUCAGACUUCCACAAGACCUGGAUGAUACAACAGAUUUCUAUUUACUGAUCACUGAAAAAACAAACCAACCAACCCUGCCUCUGACAAAGAUCUUUGCUCAAACCCCCGUUUCUUUUAUUUGUUAAAAUGGCUCAAUUUCUUUGAAUUUUAUCUUUUAAAUUUGAAGUAGGCUCCACGGCCAAGGUGGGGCUGAACUCACACCCUGGGAUCAAGAGUUGCUCACUCCAGAAGCACGUUUACUAAGAGUUGCACACACUGUGGACUGGGCCAGCCAGGCGCCCCCUCAAACCCCACUUUUAGAAGCAUCACCAAGCUGCUUACUUGGUCACUGACUGGCCAAAACAAUUAGACCUUCUCUGACCCACAAUCUGCGAGUCAGGAGUCAGGCCUGUGGGAAAGAUUGAGGAUUCCUGGUGUUUGAUUCCACCUUAGAAUGAGUAUCCUCCUGACUAAAUCGCAGGCUAAAAUAAAGCACAACAAGAACCUCCCCACCGCAUUCUUCUGUUCUGUGCUCUGUGCAUACACCUGCACAUCCCCACCACAUUUCUCAGGAAAGAAUUAGUCACUGUUUGGAAGAACGUUUCAGGCCAAGAAAAGCAAAUAUUCUGAAGUCCUAGAAACACAUUUACUCAACAAAGAGGUAACUCAUCUGAACCUUGACUUUAAGAUGUGUCACAAGUUGUCUUCCUCCUCAGGAUGCUGGUUCUGGAGGAUGGCUGGCCUGGGGGAAAGAAAGAAGGACACACUAGGGCCUUUCUGGAGCAUAAGUUGGAGCAGAGAAUACCCUCCAGGCCCACACACCUAACAAAAACCAAUAGGGGGGGCGCCUGGAUAGCUCAGUCGGUCAAGCAUCUGCCUUCAGCUCA